CUUCGGUCCAUUCCACUGAUGCAAAAAGUGCUGACAGGAGACGUGGCCCGCAUGGGAUCUUAUUCGUAUAGUGAGGCUGUAUUACCCAUCAAAACCGGCUAACCCACCCCACAUGUCGGAGGCUGUCUUCAGCGCAUUGCCGCCGUCUUGGUCGCCUCUCGGUAGCCAUACCGCCAUCACCAUCGCCACAUCGGUCGAAAACCCCACACCAAAGGACAUAAUGCCCGGAUUCGACGUUCAAUUCCCAGAGCAGCAGCGGGACUGGACUGGAGUAUGCGUUUCAGGCCGCACGACUGUCGAAGGUCAGAAACGUUACCGUCUCGCACAAUGGCCCUUUAGUGUCCGCCAUGGCUGCCGACACGAACACCGAGACUGACAUCAUGGCGCCGUUUACGAGGGGCAGGCCUAUAAACAAACGCGACUGCUACUUCAUGAUGCCCAUGGCGAUCUCGAAACGGCAGAUCUUGUUUUGUUUCCGCCGCUGGAUGCUCCAUUUCACCGCAUCUCCUUUUUUGUGUGUUAUGAGUUUCGAGAAACCCCCCGCAAUGGAGUUCAAGCCCAAUGACAAUUCCGUCACUAGCGAGUCGGCUCCACUCAUCGAGCCCGUCGACAUCGAAAGCGACCAGGAGUUGUUCAUGGUUCCCCUAAAGAGACCGUCGCCGAGAUUGCCACCGUCGCAUUACAGGAAUGUGAAGGCCAAAUCACCUCGCGGGUCUCCAGACGCAACUCCGACACAGUGCAACCUCGACAAGUCUCCUCAGUCCAAUGUCAAUCCUUAUCAGAGUCCUCCAAUGUCCGGGCUUACCAUGAAGCCCGAGAGUCCUCCCAUGUUUACAUCGCCUCUCAUGUCUCCAGAAUCUCGUGGCCUUGGAGGCUCCCCCAACCUGCAGGGUUCCGCAGCACCGACGCCCGGGUCUCUCGUCUACAACAGCCCACCCCUCUCCGGCAGAGCCACCAAGAUCGGCUCGUCGCCCAUCUUGUCCACCGAGACAAGCUCGGCCCGGCAGAGCCCACAGCCCGAGUCAUCCGGCAAGGACUCGAAGGAGCACACCACAUCGGCGUCACGAUCGACAGACGACAAGCCAAACCCCUCUACCAAGGCUUCAUCAGUCUACGACAACGCUCCAGCCAUCACGUGCGACAAGCCGGCCGAGCCACGCACAACGGACCAAGAUCAAGCCCAGGCCCCGGAAAUCCCGCCCCUCUCCACCGCGCGCGCAAACCUAAAAAGCACAAAGCCUGAAACGCUGGGGUUAGCGCUACAACUCGCGCCCACCGCGCUGCCAAACCCAGACCUCCUCGCGCCUUCCUCAGCACAAAACCCGCUCACGUCGCCCUCGAGAGAAGGAUGGACGGUGCCGGACUCGCCGCUGGAGCGCCUGUCCCAACUGCGCGCCACGCCGGACUCGGCAUACGACCGGGCGCGGCAGAUGGAGCUGCGCCGGUCCGAGUGGAAGCACGUGGUGUACCGGUUCCCCGUCAAGGGCAAGGACCACUGGGUGAUCGACGCGGACCUGACCGAGUCGUCGCACGCGCGGCUGGCCGACGUGGCGCGCCGGUCGAGCGAGGGGUUCGAGUGGAACGGCGACUACGAGCUGGCGAAUAUCUAUCGCGUCUUGGCGGCUGCGCAUACGCGGGUUAUGGAGGAGAUGCGCGAGGAGAGGAGGGGUGUUGCUGUUGUUGCGCAUCGUCAACAAGGCGUUCAGGUUGGGAUUGCGAAUGCCAAUGCUGGUGGCGGGGUGCGGGGAUGAGUAUGGCUUGGGUGGCGAG